AAAUCGAAAUCGAAAUCGAAAUCGAGUCUCCAUUUUUGGGCUGCUGGAGGCUCUGCACGCGGUACCUAACCACAAGAAGCCCUGACCAAAGAAUAAAGAAAAUUACAACUCUAACAAUCGAGAUCUCUACACCCCCAAACUCUUAUUACACCUUUGAGCACUAGCUAGUUCAUUCGCUUCACAUGUUCGUUUUGGUUCUGGUUUGUUUUUGAUUAAUACAUUGAAGGUAAUCAGUAUGUCUUACGCAUCUCAGAUCAUCGGUCACUCUAAGAAGUGGUAGUUAGAAAGUUACGGAAUAUUCCUCAGUUGCUGCGGCAUGAGAAUACCAUUUUGGUUCGUUGGUUUCCUAGUGAUGUCCAUGCCUAUAUUGGUAAAAGAAAUGAUAUACUGAAGGUUUGUAGGUAUGGAUACACCUCUGUGGAAAGACAAAAGGGUUUUAGCACUGCUGUUAAUAACACUGCGUCACCAUUAGGUUCAUUCAAGAAAACUGUUUCAAGAGGGACAAUGGUUAUGGGAAAUGCAAUGGCCAGACCGCGAUCUAACAUUACAUUUUUGUGUUCACAGGCACACUUAAUAAGAGGAUUCUCAUCGGAUUCAGGCCUUCCGCCCCACCAAGAGAUUGGAAUGCCUUCUCUCUCACCCACAAUGACUGAGGGAAAUAUAGCAAAAUGGCUGAAGAAAGUGGGUGAGAAAGUUUCCCCCGGUGAAGUACUCUGCGAAGUGGAAACCGAUAAAGCAACUGUUGAGAUGGAAUGCAUGGAGGAAGGGUAUCUUGCCAAGAUAAUAAAGGGCGAUGGGUCAAAAGAUAUCAAAGUUGGUGAGGUAAUUGCUAUUACUGUUGAAGAGGAGGAAGACAUUCCAAAGUUCAAAGAUUACAGCCCUUCAGCAUCAGAUGCCAGCACUAGUACAGCUGAAGAGCCAUCUACCCCUCCACCUAAGAAGAAGGCAGUUGAGGAACCAAUCCGUUCACCAGAACCAAAAAUAUCUCAGGCCAGCCCAACUCAUGCUGGAGAUCGCAUUUUUGCUAGUCCUCUUGCGAGGAAAAUGGCUGAAGAACACAACGUAUCUCUCUUGAGCAUCAAAGGAACAGGUCCCGAUGGAAGCAUUGUAAAGGGUGACAUUGAAGAGUACUUGGCUUCUUGUGGGAAGGAAGCUCCAGCAACGAUGCCUAGAGCUAAGGAUGCAACAGCUGCUGCAUUAGAUUACGUAGACAUACCUCAUUCUCAGAUAAGGAAGAUCACUGCUUCACGGUUAUUAUUCUCAAAGCAAAGUAUUCCUCACUACUAUUUGACCGUGGAUACAUGUGUUGAUAAACUUAUAAAUUUGAGGGCCCAACUCAAUGCAUUACUAGAGGCCUCCAAAGGGAAACGGAUAUCGAUCAAUGAUCUUGUGAUUAAGGCUGCUGCCAUGGCUCUCCGAAGAGUUCCUCAAUGCAAUAGUUCUUGGACUGAUGACUUUAUCCGCCAGUAUAAAAAUGUUAAUGUCAAUGUUGCAGUACAGACAGAUAAUGGUUUAUAUGUCCCUGUUAUUAGGGAUGCAGACCGAAAAGGUUUAUCUACAAUCGCCGAAGAGGUCAAGCUUUUAGCUCAAAAGGCCAAAGAAAACAGCUUGAAACCAGUAGAUUAUGAGGGGGGAACAUUUACUGUAUCCAAUUUGGGAGGGCCGUUUGGUAUCAAGCAAUUUGGCGCCAUCAUUAAUCCUCCUCAGUCUGGCAUUCUCGCAGUUGGAUCUGCUGAGAAACGGGUUAUUCCUGGUUUGGGUCCCGAUGAAUUCAAUUUUGCUUCAUUCAUGUCUGUUACACUGAGCUGUGAUCACCGUGUUAUAGAUGGUGCAAUUGGUGCCGAAUGGUUGAAAGCGUUCAGAGGUUACAUCGAGAGCCCAGAGUCAAUGUUGCUCUAAACAUUUGUUGCCUCCUUUUCUUCAAACACUCUUUUUGUAGAGAUUUAGUUUCAGAAGGGAUUCCCAUGCGUCCCAAACAGUUCCAGAGUUUCUUCAUGUUUUGCAAUGAUUGCAUUACCACGAUCCAUCCUUUGUAUUAUUUGCUCGUUCCUGUUGCUUUUUUCUUGGUAAUAUAGUCAAUAAUUGUAAUAAAAGGGGGGAAUUAAUUUAUUCAACUGCAAACUGUUUGUACAUUGUUGGCAGUGUGAUUGUGCCAUUUUGGUGGGCAGUAUGACUUUACCCAGUGGAAUUUUUUGUCCGGUCUUUUAAGUGAAAAUACUGAGGAUUUCAUGAGUC